UUAUCAGUAGUUUUUUUUGUACAAAGUUCGUCUGUUUUUCUUUGACUUUCUAAAAGAAUUUUUGUUUGUUUUAAUAACUUCCACCAAAAAAUGGCUUCCACCGGUCUUUUGGUUGUUUCCAAUGUCAAGAAAUUUGCUCAAACCUUACAUUCGAUUGAAAAAUACGUACAUUCCGUCUAUGUGCAUCUAAAUGUGCCAGUAACAAGAGCUCCAAUACCUUCCUGGGGUCGCCUAAUAUCACAACUAUAUGUUGACAGUAGUGUUCAUUUCAAUAACAAAGUGGAUAUGAACAUUCUGGUAACACCUUUAAAACAAAAAGGAACAUUUGAGAAUUUAAAUUUACGUCGAAUUGAUAUGAUAUUUUCCGAUGCUCAUCAUCCAGAGGUUUGUGAAAAGUUACGUCAAGAGUUGAAAAUAGAAAAACCUACGAUUUACUUAGCCGAUGAAAGCUGCAAUGACUUGACAGAUUAUCAACAGCUAGAACAAGAGGAUAAAAUAAAAAUGUAUAAUAAUGUUGUUUUAGGUGGUACCUUUGAUCGUAUACAUUUGGGCCAUAAAAUAUUUCUAACGCAAGCCGUUGUAAGGGCUUGUUGUCGUUUGGUAGUGGGUGUUACUACAUCACAAUUAACUAAAUCAAAAACUCUAAAUGAAUUGAUUUUACCGGUUGAUCAACGCAUAUAUGAAUUACAAAAAUUUUUAAAUGAAAUUGAUGCAACCUUAGAGUAUGAGGUAGUACCCAUAGAUGAUCCUUUUGGUCCAACAAAAAGUGAUCCUAAUAUGGAUAUGAUAGUCGUUAGUGCCGAAACAUUGCGUGGUGGACAAAAAGUCAAUGAGGUGCGAGAGGCAAAUAAACUCAAUACACUCGAUAUAUUCUGUAUAGAUCUGGUAGAAGCUACAGACAAGGGAGGACCCAAAGAGCAUAAAGUUAGCUCGAGUAAUACAAGAAUCGAUAUUUUAGGAACACGUUGGAGACAACCAGAGCCUAAACCACAUUUGCCAGCAGAACCUUAUAUAGUGGGUCUUACAGGCGGUAUAGCUUCGGGCAAGAGUAAAAUGGCUCAACGUUUUGCUAAUAUGGGGGCUUACGUCAUGGAUUGUGAUAAAAUUGCUCAUGAAAUUUAUGAACCGGGACAGGUGUGCUAUACGCGGGUGGUGGAAUACUUUGGUCAAGACAUUGUAGACAAUAAUGGUCGUAUAGAUCGUAGCAAACUGGGACCACUAGUUUUUGCCAAACCCUCGGAAUUGGAAAAACUUAAUAAUAUUGUUUGGCCCGAAUUAAUGGCGGAAGUUAAAAGACGUUUAAAAGCAUUAAGCGAAAAAGAGAAUCCUCCACAAGUUGUGAUAUUGGAAGCAGCUGUUUUGCUAAAAGCCGGCUGGGAUCAAGAAGUGCAUGAAGUAUGGUCUAUGAUUGUGCCGCCCGAAGAGGCCGUCAAACGUGUAAUAGAACGUAAUGGUUUAACAGAGGAAGAGGCUAAACGUAGAUUAGCGAGUCAAAUAAGUAAUGACGAAAUGGUAGCUAAAUCACAUGUGAUUUUUUGUUCCUUAUGGGAUAGUGAUUUUACUUUAAAACAAGCCGAAAAAGCUUGGAAUAUGUUAAAGCAAGAAUUGCAAAAUAGAAAACUACAAACAAGUAGUUUAUGAAAUGUUUAUUAAUUGUAAAUUUUAAUUAGUCUAAUACAUAGUAAAAAGUAGAAUUGAUUUCUUGGCAAUAAACUAAAAAGUUAAAAGCA